ACAGCCAUGAGGGGUCACAGUUCUGGCAAUGGAAGGGCAGCCGGAAGCUCUUUUAUCCGACGGCUGCUGUGAUUGAGAGCAGAGGAGCAUUGUCGUCUCACACGCGCAGACGGACGGACACAGAUAGAGAGAGAGAUGAGGCUGCUGCUCUUCGUGUUGCUCCUUGCUGUUGUGGCUGUUGCUUUGGCCUGCGAGCACAAGCAGCCGGGAUGCAAGAUUGAAGGUUCGUCGUGCGUCUGCGGGGAAGGAUGUCCUGGACACUACCGAUACGCGACUAAGACUCACUGCCACAGAGCACUCGCUAAAAGUCGAAACAAGUCGCGUGACAUUUGCCACAGGAGACCCUGUCAGAAUGGGGGAACCUGCGUUCAAAGGUCUCAGGAGCCUGGAUACAAAUGCAUUUGUGACGGAACUGGAUUCUUCGGCGACAGAUGUGAAAAGGACUGCACGUUGGCGAGCAACCUCGAAGGCAAGAGAUUUCCUUACGAGUGCGUGAUGAUCUGAGGCAUCAGACGACGUCUAGACUAAAACUAUAAUGGUAUUUGUUCAUCAGAAAUGACAACACCUUUGCUUGGGGGUUGAUUUUCCAAAUUAUAUUUCAUAAUGUACAAUCAAUUAUGUUUCAUUAACAAUAUUUCUCUUCUUCUUCAGUGUAUUUUUCUUCAUUUUAAGCCGGAAUAUCAUGAAUAAAAAGAAUCGUACAUGUCCAUCUCGUAGUAAUAGAAAGAAUCUUGAGAGUUAUUAAUAUUAGUUGUGGAAUAGUAAACCGCCGAAGAGGUGGCGGUCCGACCUGUUUUUUCUGUUCACUUUUCUCAACUUGUUUAGCUGCUAAGUUUUAACCAAAUAGGCGAAUAAAAGAACAAUUCUCCGACACUCAAUUCGUUUUCCAAAAAAAUGACGUUUUAUUUUAAGCUAAAAAAGUGUCACCUAUCAUCUAAAUAUAGUAGUUAUGCUCUCCUUACAUUUCAGACAUCAAAAAACCCUGAUUGAGUGAACAAAAUUAUAAUAAUAUAGCGUUAUCAGAAUUUAAUGGGGAAUUUCGCACAAACGACAACGUUACAGUUGCUCUCCGAUGGCGUAAUGAGAAAAUAUCAUCGUGUGUGAGAGACAGAAAAGAGGGCAGGGGGGCGAAUUAGGGGUGGCACGAGGGAGAAACAAUGACACACGCACAAUUAAGCAGCAUUUCCCUUUUUCGGCACAUGCACACAAAUA